CUUCGCCACAGAUCAUACCCCUAUAAGUUAAGCGCCUCAAAGCUCUCCAGCAAGAACCAGGCUUUUUCUGUCCCUUCAUCCAUCAGCAGGAAACUUUUCCUGAAAAGCGUUGGACCGAUGAGGAGAAUCUGACGGGAAGUACGUCUAAUAAUAAGUUGUUAAUGGAGAAUAGAUUUGUGCCUCCGCUGGCUCUCCGCGGGAUCUCCGUGAACAGCGGCUCCGCGUGCCACAAGGAUGCGCUCCGGCUGGGGAUGCCCUUCCACAUCGACACCGCCUACUUCGACCAGGGGUUCCCGUGCGGGCGUUUGCCCUGCUUCCCCUUCCCCGCUCCCUUCGGCGUGUGCGAGUACUCCUUCGAGCCCGCGUUCAUCCAGAAGCGGAACGAGCGCGAGCGGCACCGGGUGCGCUGCGUCAACGAGGGGUACGCGCGCCUCAGAGAACACCUGCCGCAGGAGUUUGAGGACAAGCGGCUCAGUAAAGUGGAGACGCUGCGAGCGGCCAUUGACUACAUCAAGCACCUGCAGGGCCUGCUGGACGUGGACGUCUCCCGGAUGGAUUUGUCGUUCAAAGAGGCGCGCGACUGCGAGGCUCUGCUGCGGAGGACAGAGUGCGGAAGUGACGGAGAGUCCAAAGCUAGCAUGAGCGACAGCGGGGACAAUGUUUACUGAAGACUUCCAUAAACUAAAAUACAGUUUAGGUAAAGAGAUAUGAAAAAAGAAAAAAAAAAGUGUUUAAAAAUGCCUUAUCUGACAAAAAAGGGGGAAAAUAAACCUCCUCAAAACUGAAUGCAUUUAUUCACUUGAGAAAAAUAAAAUAGGUUUUAACAAUAUCGCUCAAGAUGUGCAGCACGUCCAGCAUGACAGAUCCUUCACCUUAUUUUGUGCUGAGCAUGAAUUUAAUUAUAUGGCAUGUAUAAUAAUGGGAAAAUACUCUGUGAGAUUUUAUCGCAGCAGUAGUUGUGUUUUUCUUGUUUUACAAAGUAAAUAAAUGUAUCAAAAUUUAAAUUUAGUUUUAGAAAAAUCUUAUGCAACUGGAAUUUAUAUGCACAACUGUCCACUGAACUUCUCUAAAUUUAGUCUAAACUCUGUUUAAAGUGAAACGUUUCUUUAUUUACUUAGGCUGUCACAUUACCAGGGAAUGUCUGGUAGAGUUACAAAAAAUAAAAACCAUUUUUGUGACCUGA